CCAAAAAGGUGAUCUCGACGGCUCGACCUUGAAAGGGUUGAAAGAUUCAUCUCUUUUCACAUGUUCCAUGGAAAGAACCUAGCUACGUAGUAGCAAUGCUUUAGAAUUAUCAAAACUGGAGAUUAUCCUUGUGAUUUUUUAUUCUCAAUUUCAUUAAGCUGAAUAGUAACUUUUAAGAAAUAUUUCAUUUAACAGACUGCACGUUUUCCAUGCACCUGACAUGCGUGUGUGUACACACUAGCACGCUUGACCAGUACGUUUGUGGCAACUAAUAACGUAAUCAGGCUAAUACCCCCUGUGCUGUGCAGAUAUUUGCAUGUAUAUAUAAAUAGGCAGCUAGGCUAUAGCUAUUCUCAUCCAUAGUGUAUGAAACCAAACCUAGCAAAUCAGAGCUUGCGUAACUUACUCAAGUUAAGCUAGCUAGCGUGUCUACGAUUAAUGGCGGCGCCGUUGUUAGAUGCUUGUGGGGCAAGUGCUGUGUGCUCCACGGAGCAUAAUUUGCCGGCGGCAGCCGUGUUGCACCGUCGCCUGGCGCAAGCCAACUAUGAGCCCAAAACCUGGGACUACGACUCUAUUUGCUCCAUGCAUCUGCAUGGCCAAAAUAAGGUGCAGCCUAGCAAAGAAAGCUCACUAUUCCAGCUAGCGAGCUUGAAGCAGAUAGUGAGGCAGCUUCUGUUGCUAGAGGAGGAAGAAGAUGGGCUGCCUAAUAAGCUGAGGAUCAUCGACCAACUACAGAGCCUGGGUGUGGCUUACCAUUUUGAGGAGGAGAUCAAAAGCAUCCUCACCUCCAUGCAUGUCCAUGAUGCACACCUUCAACUGGAGCAUGACCUCUCUUCAACCGCGCUGCUGUUCAAAUUGCUCAGAGCACAUGGAAUUCCUGCAUCAACAGAUAUGUUGAGUGCAUUCUUCACGAACGACAAUGGUGGUUUGGAUGCUGCUGACAAUAUUAAUCUCAUGAGGGAUGACAACGAUGACACCAUUGAUGGAUUGGUGGCACUGUAUGAAGCUUCAUACCUGGCCUUCCCAGGAGAGGCCAUGCUCAACACAGCAAGAGCAUUCGCCAUUGAUCGCCUACAACAACAGAUGAUGCCAUCGUCCAUGGUGGGAGGAUCAUACUUCCAAGAAGACCUCCCCUUGCACUGGAGAGCUCCCAGGCUGCAGGCGAUACGGUCGCUCAAACAUCACCGCAGCGAUUGCAGCGGCGAUGAGAUCGCUUCGUGCAUUAUGCAGUUGGCGGCAGAGGACUUCGACAGGGUGCAGGCGGUGCACCAGUCAGAGCUGGUGGAGUUGACGAGGUGGUGGAAGGAGACGAAGCUGGGGGAGAAGCUGCCGCUGUCGGCAAGGGACCGGCUGGUGGAGUGCUUCUUCUGCGCCACCUGCAUCGCGCCGGAGCCCCGCCACGCCGGAUGCCGCGAUGUGCUCGCCAAGGUGGGCUCCCUCAUCGUCCACCUCGACGACAUCUACGACGUCUAUGGCACGAUUGACGAGCUCGCCACAUUCACUGACGCCAUCGCCGGCAAUUGGGACGACGAUGACGAUGCAACAGCGCUGCUGCCGGAGUACAUGCAGGCCAUGCUCUCAGUCAUCCGAUCGACGUCGAUGGCGGCAGCAGAUCGCGUGCUCAGGGAGCACGGCCACGAUGUGCUACCAGUCUACAAGAAAGCAUGGCAUGAACUGUGUGAGGCAUUCAUGGUGGAGGCCAAAUGGCAGCACGAGAAGGUGAUACCAGGCUUGGACGAGUACCUGGAGAACGGAUGGGUCACCUCCACAGGGCCUCUCCUCCUGCUCCACGCCCUUACCAUGCUCCCAUCAUCCAACCAGCAGGAGCAGCAGAGGGUAGAUUCAUGGCUGCGCGAUGACGGUAAGGUGGUGUACCCGAGGCUGGUGGAGCUAUGUUCAAGGAUCUUUCGGCUCUGCAACGACUGUGCAACGCACGAGGCCGAGUCAGAGCGGGGCGAGGGACCGUCGUCCAUCGCCUGCUUCAUGUCAGAGAGCAGUGGCGGCGGUGUGAGCAAAGAGGAGGCCUGUGGAGCAGUGGCAGAUGCCAUCGCCGUGAUCUGGAAGGAGGUGAACAGGGAACUGCUCACUGGUAGUGUGGACGCAGGCAUCAUGUGUGUGAACCUGGCACGGGUGAUCCAGUGCAUCUACCACGACGGCGACGGCAUCACCUCGCCGACGGACAGCCGGAAGAAGCUCAUCAAGGACCUGCUCUUCACUCCAAUCAGGACAUUAUUGUGAUGUCGACAGUGUAACGGCCACACAGGAAGGCAUGGAUGAUGGAGUUGGUGUGGAUGUAUGACCUCCAUUUCUUCCUUCUUGGUAGGAGCCACACAAAAGCACAUGGCGGAAACACCUGGACAAGCUAGCACUUGUAGCAUAUAUAAUAAGAUGGCAACAACAUCCAUAAAUUAUAUAGGCACAUGCAUGUAAUGGGACACGAUAAUGUACUUAUCAAAUCUGCAAACGUUGCCUCAAACUAUAACCAGGACACAUAUAUCCAACAAGAUGAUAUUAGCAUCU